GUAGAUUCAGACAACAGUGUAAAUAUAUCGACUGGACCAAACAUUGCAACUGUGGUUGCCAUAGUGAUGGCAGCAAUCAUCGUUGUGGUUAUCGUGGUCGGGUCUGUCUUGAUUGUCCGCAGAAAUCACACAGACGUGUUAUGGGUCGUUUCAUGACCUUGCCACGGACCUGAAGACUAACGACACGAACAUGUCCAUCAAUUCCCGGCUGGGUGUUGGUGACUCUUCCGAGAUUCCACUGGCCACGCGAAGAAUCUGGAUCAACAACGAGCACUACGUCUCCUACACAGAAGUCUCGAUGAGUGUGGUUCCAUUUUCUGCGCACUCCAAGGGCCAACACAAAAGCCACGACGCAGCUCUCGAAACCGAAAAAGCAACAGCCCGGAUACUGCCUAAACGUCCUGACCAGGGCGUUCCCACAUCUUCCUGUGAAGACCAGUAUGCAAAAAUACAGGAUUGCCGGUCAUCCGUCAACCCAGCUUCGGGUCGUUUAGAUGAUAAACGUGUGCCUCCAGAGUAUGAAUCGGUUACACCAACGUUUCAAAGAAAACAGACCACAUGGACGGGAACUAUUAACAAUGAACCAGAAUAUUCUCAAGUGAUUCCUAAGUCUCAAAGAAAUCAUAACGCUGAAGGUGAUACAAGAAACACUUCGCCGGAAUAUUCUCAUGUGAUUCCUAAGUCUCAAAGACGAUUGGACAUGGGAAAAGAAACAAAAGCGGCGGAAUAUUCUCAAGUGAUACCCAAAUCACAAAGACAUAACACAAUUGGCGAUGAAGCAAGGUCUAAAACGUUUUCAGUGACAUUCCCCCCUGACGUUGACGUCAGUAAGCUAGGGACAGAAUUACCGCGCGGGUCAGGCGCCGCCUACGCGAAUUACGGGCCAACGUAUUCAAACAUAACAGGACAGGUUUUGGUCGCUGCCCGCUCAUUCAGGCGUAAGAGUCGUAUAAAGCACCGUGAGCUCCAUUACGCUGCACUGGACUGCACAGACCCGACCGCAGACGCCGGCCAUUAUGACUGCAUAGUGGACAUACAUAGAAAGAGCGGCUGUCAGUAUGCGUCUAUCGACUUUGAGAAGAAAGCGCUUAUCGCCCCUGUGCGACGCGCCCCUUCCUCGUGGUAUCGCCACCAAAAAAGGCGGAAUUCAACUGUGAAUAAAAAUGACUGAUUCUAUAAAUAUCAUAUUUGUAAAAAUAUCACAUUGGAAGUAUUUUAUUAUACAUAUUGUGAAGCAUCUAAAAUAUACCGCAAAGAUCUUAAACGUAGACAAAACGCACACACAUACGUACGGACGCACACACAGAUAUGCACGCACGACAAACACACACGCACACGAGUAUUUGGCCAGGAACAUAUUUAAAUGUUUGAAAUAAACGUCGGCAUAUACAACGAUAGGAUUGUUUGUAUUUAAUAAUUGUUAAUUGUUUGUAUGUCUUUCACAUUAUGCUAGGAUCAAUGUCAUAACCAAACAUGAAAAAGUCCUCAUAAUACGCGUCAUGUGACAUCUUUAAAACCUCCGAACUGACUCCCUUCCAAAAUUUCACCAUCCAGGCGUGCCUCUGAGCCGCGCGCUCGCCACCACUCAACUUCCGGCGCUCCACAGCCUCGUUGACCGCCUUCUGCAGGCGUGCUUCUGUUUCCUCCUCCGUGACGUCAUUGAACUCUCGUUCCGGAAACUCGACGUCAUUGUGUAUGUAACCUUGAAUUUGGAAUGCGUGCCAUAUUCUUCUUGCAAGCUCUUUUUCAGAAACACAUCCUUUCGGUAUUAUUGGCCUAUGGUGGCCUUUUGUGACAUACGUACCUACGAGGGUUUGUAACGAGUGUUCUAUGAGGUUUUGUUCAUUAAUGGCUUUAUUCACUUCAUCCCUUAUAUGUUGUUCAACGUUUGCUUUAUCUAGAAUAUAUUCCACGUCGUCAUUAAAUGUUUCUUGCUUAGCAACCAUGUCUAUUUUAUAGUCACAAGGCAUACAUAUACUGUAUAUGGGAGCCCAGUGUAAAUCCGUUAACUUUCUAUCCAAAAUCUUACUUGAGAUAGACCUAAGAAACUGUCCAAAAGUUACAUUGUUUCCACACUUAUCGCCUUUUAUUCCCAUAGAUCUAGCUAUAUU